AUGAACGCUCUUUUGGCGGCAGCCGGUCUGCAGGCCGAGCCCGCCGACCCGACGGUUCUCAAGGCCAAGCAGGCCAAGCAGGCCAAGCAGGCCAAACAGGUUGACACAUCCGCCCAGACAGCCAAGGAUCAGUCGACUUUUACCGACACUACCCGCAUCCACAAAAAACGGUCUGCGUCUUUGUCUAACCGCCAUCACGGCAAGAGCUCAGGAUCAUCGCAGCCCUCAAAAACCAAGCGCAAAGGUGUGCAAGCCGACUCCAUUAGCCCAGACGCCGCCACCAACGAGGCUUUAUCUGCCGACUCAGCCAUCGCUGCAGCACCGAGCGUAUGCGCACAAUCUUCGUCAUCCACGCCCGUUCCGACCAAGGCCUCAGAGCACGAGCGCCAGUCAUCACACUCCAAGCCCGUGCAGCAUGCGAAGCUCCUCAAUGACCGCGGGCAGCGCCCCAAGCGAGGCAGCCACGCCAGCAACCAGCGUAGCACAGAGACGGCACCCUUGACGGCGGCGGAUAGCGUGUCCAACUUGUCUUCCGAUUCUUCUGCGACGUCCCAUCAGCGCACCGGCCUUAGCGAGGUAGCUAGCGCCACCGGCGCCACCUCGCAAAGUGCUGCCACGAUGUCCACCUCCGCCCGCAGCAGCGAGGGCAGCCGCGGCGACGACGAGGAAAGCGAGGGUGACAGCUAUGCCGGCGAGCCGGCCUUCAAGACGGCCAAGCGCCACGGACAGUCACAUCAGUCCCAUCAACGAUCGCUCCAACCAUCGGGUCAAGCAAAGCUGUCUCCUUCUCGACCUACUUCCGGCCCAGAAGACUCGGCUCGUGGCUCGCCGACUUCACCCGCCAGUACUGUCGACUCCCAGCUAACAGACCGCACCCGCGAGUUUAAUCGCAUUGCCGCGCUUCGCCACCGCCAGCGUGCCAAAAUGCGCCGCCUCGAACUCGAUCAACGCCUUCUCGAAGCCUCACGGCACCAGCAGCAGCUCAAGAUGGAGAUGGAGGAGCUCAGCAAGAAACACCACUCUUUGCUGGAGCUCUGCUUCACCCUCUACGGGCCCGGCGGCAUUCGUCAGUCCUGGCUCACCACCUCACGUUUUGGUCACGUUCCCGUCGUGGGCGCCCACCACGCCCGCUUUGGCGGCCCCCUCGAUGCCCACCCGGGCCUGAUGCACCACCCAGGCAUGGGCAUGGGCCUGGGCAUGGGCAUGGGCAUGGGCGUACCCGUGAACAUGGGUAUGAACAUGCCAAUGCAUCACCAUCUCAACCAAGCCCACAGCUCACAUCACCUCGCGGACAUGCGGCCAGCCAACACGAUGCAAAUGGGCAUGGGCGGUCUCAACCCGAGCAUGGCCCACCAUGCUGCCGUCGGUGGCCUCAAUCCCAGCCUAUCCCAAACCAGCGUGCACCAGCCCAACAUGUUUCCCAUGGCCAUGUUUGGAUACCCAGGAGCCGCCAAUCCCGGCAACAACAAUGCGGCUGCUACAGGCAGCACCUUCAAGUUCAACCCCUUUACGGGCGAGCCCAUGACUGGCACGGGUACCGAGGAUCCCUUUGCGGCCAACCCUUCGCAACAGCAGCAGCAGCAACAACAACAAUUACUCAUGGCUGCCACGGACCAUCUGCGCUCGACAUUGCAGGGCAAAGAUGGUGCACGGGCCUUGAACAACGCGUUGGCCACUCCCGUGCCCAAGAUGGGUCGCGUUAUCCGUGGACAGCGUAAGGGUGCGGGAUCUAUCUUUACGUCCCACACCAAGCACCGCAAGGGUGCCGCCCGCCUUCGCCCGGUCGACUACGCCGAGCGUCAUGGCUUUAUCAAGGGCAUGGUGCGCGAGAUCAUCCACGACCCUGGACGUGGUGCUCCCCUGGCGCGUGUGGUCUUCCGUGACCCCUACCGCUACCGCCUCCAGAAGGAGACCUUUGUCUGCGCUGAGGGCAUGCACACUGGCCAGUUCAUCUACUGCGGCAAGAAGGCUGAGCUGAGCGUUGGCAACGUCAAGCCUGUCGGUGAGAUGCCCGAGGGUACCAUUGUGUGCAACCUCGAGGAGAAGCCCGGAGACCGUGGUGUCAUUGCCCGUGCCUCUGGCAACUAUGUGACCGUCAUUGCCCACAACUCGGACACUGGCAAGUCGCGUGUCCGUCUGCCCUCGGGCUCCAAGAAGACCAUUCCCUCCACUUGCCGCGCCAUGGUUGGCCUGAUCGCUGGUGGUGGCCGUAUCGACAAGCCCCUCCUGAAGGCUGGUCGUGCGUACUACAAGUACAAGGCCAAGCGUAACUGCUGGCCCCGUGUGCGUGGUGUUGCGAUGAACCCCGUCGAGCAUCCCUUCGGUGGUGGUAACCAUCAGCACAUUGGCAAGCCUUCGACUUGCAAGCGUGAUACGCCCGCUGGUCGCAAGGUCGGUCUCAUCGCGGCCCGCCGCACUGGUCGUCUGCGCGGUGGCCAGUCCUCUGGCAAGGACGAGUAAGCGCGUCCCCCUCUUCCUAAAAACCAUUCGGCUCUCUCGGCCAACUUGGUGCUGGGGCAUCUUGUUCUUCUUGCCUGGCCGCCCUCCAAAAGGGGUGCCCCGAUCAAAUUGACCGUGCUAGCAUCA